AUGGCGAGCUCGUGGAUGCUGCUGCUGGCGGUGCUGGGGGGAGCCUGCGCCCUCCCCGCCCCGGAGCCCUUCGCCUACACCCAGGCGCUGGCCCAGGCUGUGAAUUCCUACAACCAGCGCCCAGAGGUGAAGAAUGCCUUCAGGCUGCUCAGCGCCGAGCCCCAGCCCGAGCCGGGCGUGGAGCUGAGCUCGCUGCAGGCAUUCAACUUCAGCAUGAUGGAGACGGAGUGUGCCGCCAGCGCCCGCAGCGACCCCGAGGACUGCGCCUUCAAGGAGAACGGGGUCAUCCUGGAGUGCUUGGGGACUGUGAAGAUGCAGCAGGAAUCCCCCGAGGUCGACGUGAGCUGUUCGGAAUCCUCCUCCGACCUGGGUCUGGUCGAGCGUGGUGGCUUCGGACGAUUGGCGCCCAAGAUAAAUGUCAGAGGGAGUGUGUGCUUGAUCUGCGCGAAAUGGGGAAACUGA